AUGGAGCUUCAAGGCGCACCUCCAAGCUACGUCCGCGAGACACAAAACCUCCACCUCGUCGAAUCCUUCACAGGCCUGCAUGUCCAACCAGCGCCCCAGUACGAACCGCCACCCAUCCCCAUCACCCUUGCUCCGACCCCUCCGCGCCCGCCUCGCAUCAUUCAACAAGCUUACAAGUUCCGUGGUACACUUGCAGAGCGCUGUGCUGCCUGUUACUUCAGAUACACACUUAGAAGACAUCAUGCGCCGUCAUUGCAGCAGGUGAUUGCAGGAUACCAUGCAGAUUUAUCGUCUUCUCGAGUACGACGCGCGUUGACAUCGACGAAUCCAGACUGGCGAGGUUUACAAUUGAGGCGCUUGGUGAAUGCCACAAUUGAUGCAGUCGUGGUACCUGAACUCGCUCGGCGUGCUGAAGAAACUGCACGUAUCCAACAGGCAUUGUCGCAGAACAGCACCGAAGCGAUUGCUCAACAGCGGAAAGAGGCUCUGCGUGCGCAAGAACUAGAAGAAUAUAAUCGAAUUGCUCUCUUUGGCGAUCUAUGGACAGGCACGCGCGAACAAGCGAUUGACGUGGGUACGAUGCAUGAAGACUUGUACACGCGCAUGCAUCUUGAAUCGUAUGCCAUUGCAGGCAAGAUGCAAACCACCCAGCAUGAUCGAGACUUUGCACUGCUGCAAACACGGUGCUUGACGCGAAUGCAAGACAGCUGGCGAAACCUGCUACGGCAUUGUGAUAUUCAGCUGGAAUUGGUACGUCUACGAGGUCAGACAGGUGGUCCUAUUCUCGCUGCGCUCAUGUCCUUCGAGGAGCACAAAAUGGAACGUGCACUGGCUGCAUUGAAGGAGGAAUUCACCCAAUGCGUCAUGCAAAAGACGCAGCUAUUCCCACCACUCAGAUCAUUUCAUGAUACCUUUGCACCCAUGUGCGGUAGUGCUUUACGUGCUGCGCGCCAAGUGAUGGAUGAAGAUGCGCGUGGGUUUGUGUAUGAUGCCGACUUCCUCAACCAGAAUCGCUUGUUUGAGCAUGGCUCUAAUUUCUUUAGCCGCAUGAAGGAUCACCUGCAUUGUUUGAUGAUUCGAGAAGGUCUCAAGCGCAAGGCCUACUUGGCACAACGUGAAGCUGAGAUUGAACAACAUCGUGAAGCGCGGCGCUUGCAAAAGGAAAUUGAGAAGGACACAGGCCGAGCACCACUAGGCAAAGAACGUGGCGGGUCGUCUUCAAAAUCUUGA